UUGUGUUCACUUGUUGGAGGGUCCAGAUGGGGGCGAGCUUUGUGUCUGUGACCGAUCUGUCUCACGCUUAUUGAGCUGGGAACUUGAAAACUUAACAGCAGGCAGUUGCGGGGAAAGCUGGGAUUUCGGUAACCUCAGCUAAAGAAACGUGUCUUUAGUUGCCCUGCAGCUGUGAGUCACAUCAGCACGCAAGCCGUUUCUGCUGGACGGGCUUUUGGCACGAUUUCCGGAUACCAUGGAUGAUUUAGAUGCGCUGUUGGCGGACCUGGAGUCCACAACAUCACACAUCUCCAAGAGUCCGCUCUUCCUGCUUGACGACCCGGCCUACUCUCUGCCCAUUGGUCAGUCGCACCAGCAGGACCUCGUCUCCCCGCCCCCGGGUCCACCUGACCAGACCAUCAACGGACUAGACGACACCCAGUCUUUCAGCUCUGCCCAACGGAGUACUUGGUCCACAGAGGGGGGCAGUCCCGAUCCGGCCCCCACAGAGGAGGAGCACGUCUACAGUUUCCCGAACAAACAGAAAAACAGUGAAUCUUCAGCCGCCGCCAUGAACUCUUCUCUGGGCAGCAACCUGUCCGAGCUGGACCGUCUGCUGCUGGAGCUCAACGCAGUCCAGGACAACAGCCCCUGCUUCCCCACAGAAGAGGACGCCGCACCCCCACUGCCGUCCAACAGCAUACACCACUAUGUCCAUGAGAACGGAGUGUCGCCUCUCACGAGCCACAACCCUCCCCCUGCUGUCUUGGAGAAGCCCAAACGCAGCCUGGCCACCCGGGGAAUAGAGGACGUACGGCCCAGCGUGGAGAGCCUCCUGGAUGAGCUGGAAAGCUCUGUGCCGAUGCCCAUCCCCGCCCCUCUCAUGGUGUCCGAGGAGCCGACCGACGGCCCGGAGACGGCUGCCCAGCAGCAGGCCAGGAUGUCUGCGUCCUCCGCCACGCGAGAGCUGGACGAGCUGAUGGCGUCGCUGUCUGACUUUAAGGUCCAAAGCAAUUCGGGCUCUCAGUUGUCUGUGAAUCUGGAGGGGGCAGAUUCCUCAUCACCAGCUGGCUCCCCCCCUACUGCCCCUACCCCAUCGAUAAGCUCCUAUGAUGCUCAAGUGGACGUUCCCUCUCCCACCUGUGACAUAUCACCCUCCUCCACCCCAUUCAUGUUUGAUCUCCAUAUAGAUGAAGAUCACUCCAUUAUAAGCGACGCUCCUUCGUCGCCUACUACGACAUCUGCAUCCGAAAGCCUUCAGUAUUCCCAGACUCGACAGAUAGACAGUUGUGGCAACGUUAGCCCCGAUGUCCCGCAUAGCGUAACGGUCUCCAGUGCGAUAAAGUCUCUAAAUCAGGCCAGCGAGGUGAGACCUGCUCAUGUGGCACCAGCUAAAACCCCCGCUAUUAAAAGCUCAACGUCACCGUCUAUGACCAAGAGCCCUAGUCCUGUUGCUAGCGGCCCGAGUCCACUCACUGUUGGCCAAACCCCUAGUGCCGGUCCUGCUCCCGGGGACCCUAGCGGUCAGGCAGAGGCUGCCAGGAGCCUCAGUCCAGUGCCACUCUCUAAAAGUCCAGAAGCUGAAGCUCAUAGUUCCCUUGAAAUCAAGAAGGUUGCUAGUCCAGUUCCGCCUCGCAAAUGUGCAAGCCCCGUAACGAUACCAAAGGUAUUUGGUUCGGCUAAAACCCCUAGUCCUAUGGCCGUUCCUAAAAACCUUGAGGCGAUCCCGAGGGGCUCCAGUCCGGUGACCGUUCCUCGGCUCUCUAGCCCGAUUCCAAAGUGCUCCAGUCCUUUUACAGUACCUAGGAUCUCAAGCCCCCUAACCGUCCCUCAAACCCCGAUGCCAGCCUUAGACACCGUCCCAAAGUGUGCCAGUCCGCUCCCGGUUCAACGGAUCGGUAGUCCGUUGGCGUCCUCGCUGAAUCAGAGUGCAGCCGAUAGGUGCCCCAGCCCAGCCACGGUCACCAAAAUAACCUACACGGUUCCACAUGCUAGCAGUCCCCGGGCCUCCCCCAUCACCCUCCCUGCCGUGUCCUCCAAUAGCAUGUCACCCCCCCAUAAAGACGCUCCGGACAGGGACUUCUCCUGGCCGUGCCGGGCUCCGUUAUUGAACGACGCCCUGGACAAACUCUUGGCUAUGGGCCCGGGCGAGAUGCACACGAGGGGGGGCUUCGACGACGGAUUCUCCGACCUCGGAGGGUACUCCACUCAAGGAGGGUCAAUGCAAGGAGACGAGGAUAGGCUGUGGGACGACGAGGAAGGGAUUUACCCCAGUCUCAGCCGGGACGGGACCUUGACAUCUAUGACCGACUCCAGCUGGAUGGAUGAGUGUAUGACCCCCUCUACCUGCCCCGGGACCCCAGACGUCAUGCAGGAGCUGCCCUCGCAGCAGCCCUCCGCCGUCGAACGCUUAUCCGCAUCUGGACAACUCAAGGCAGUCAUUCGCCGCACCAAAGAGACCACCAAUGUGCACCCCAUGUACCGAGAGGGGCUGCUGCGGCGCAAACUGGGCGCCGUCCUCGUCAACAAGAGCAACUCUCAGGACCGGCUCAUCCAAGAGCUGCAGGGGAAACUGGGCAUCGGGAAGGCGGAGCGCCGGCGCAAGCAGCAGCCCGACGAUUGGAUGACGGAGGGGGUCAUUGUCAUGUCUAACCCUCAGCGCACGCGGGAAGAAGGCGGGGCUCCGACCGUGGAUAAGAUUCAGUCUCAGGGGAAGAGCUCUCCGACCGGCCCUCUGAAACAAGCCAACAAGCUUGACAACAUGCUGGGCAGCCUGCAGUCGGACCUGAACAGGCUGGGAGUGCAGACCGUGGCCAAGGGUGUGUGUGGUGCCUGCAAGAAGCCCAUCGUAGGCCAGGUGGUGACGGCUAUGGGCCGCACGUGGCACCCUGAGCACUUUGUGUGCACCCACUGUCAGGACGAGAUCGGCUCUAGAAACUUCUUUGAGCGAGAUGGACAGCCUUACUGUGAGAAGGACUACCACAACCUAUUCUCCCCGCGCUGCCAUUACUGCAAUGGGCCCAUACUUGACAAAGUAGUGACUGCUUUGGACAAGACCUGGCACCCAGAGCACUUCUUCUGCGCCCAAUGCGGUGCCUUUUUCGGGCCUGAAGGUUUCCAUGAGAAGGAUGGCAAGGCGUUCUGCAGGAAGGACUACUUUGACAUGUUUGCUCCUAAAUGCGGAGGCUGUGCUCGUGCCAUCCUGGAGAACUACAUCUCUGCCCUCAACUCUCUCUGGCACCCAGAAUGCUUUGUCUGCAGGGAGUGCUUCACUCCGUUCAUCAACGGCAGCUUCUUCGAGCACGACGGCCAGCCGUACUGCGAGGGCCACUACCACGAGCGGCGCGGCUCCCUCUGCUCGGGCUGCCAGAAGCCCAUCACCGGCCGCUGCAUCACGGCCAUGGCCAAGAAGUUCCACCCCGAACACUUUGUGUGUGCCUUCUGCCUGAAGCAGCUGAACAAGGGCACCUUCAAGGAGCAGAACGACAAGCCCUACUGCCAGGGCUGCUUCGUCAAACUCUUCAGCUAAAGCUGUUCCUGUUGGUGGAGGUCCCGGUGGGGAGGGGCUUGCACAAAGCGACCCACAGGAGGCCCCUGUGUGGGUUCAUUCAUUGGUUUCUUGUUUUCUAACUGCUGCAUGUGUACCGUCUGUGCCCAUCUAUGUAUUCACUGAUGUGCGUGUCGUGUAUGCGUGUGUGGGAUACAGUGGAGAGGUGUCGAUGAUUUUAAAGGCUAUUUCCAUAGGGGAUCACAUCAGUAGAAGCCAUGGUGGACGGCCUCGACAUCAGCUGGUGAGGGGCCGUGUCAUUUGCCUGAUUAUUCUUGGUGGUCAUUCGACACUGACUAAAGGCAGAUGUUUUCUAGAGAGAUUUUAAGUUUUUUUUUUUAAUUGAAUGCAUGUAUUUGUUGAGUAUGGUUGCAACAAAUGCAGUGAUUAAUACUUUCGCAGCGCGAUGAUUUGUAAAUGUUAUUUUUUAACCCUUUCCCCAGGGCAAGAACCCUUAUCAUGUGACCAGACCAGCUCAAAGUGGUUUUGUGAUGGUUUGGGACAGCUGCUUGUCAAUUGCAUGGACCACAGGCUUGACCUCAGUAAUUCUAAAACAUGUAGAUGGUUUUACAUAACCGAUACUUUGCCUAUGCGUGUUGAGAUAAUGUAUUCAUGUAUUUUUCUAAUUAUAAGAUGGAGAUUUGCAAUAUUGAGAUACAUAGAGAAACGUGUUUAAAAACAUGCACACUGGUUGGGGUCAUUUUAUUUUUUUUAGAUUUUGUCAUCCAAUUGCAGAUUUCCUCCCAAGACCAUCGAGGUGGAUUUUGGUUUGAUCAAACUAUCAGGUCUUUUUAUGGAACUAAACUAUACAUAUUCUUUAGUCUCUUUAGUGUUAAAGGCCUUGUUUUUCAUGUCACCCCUCUCUGUUGCUGUUUUCUACCAAUGGGCAUCAGAACUUUUACAAAAUGUCCCACUUAAAUUGCUUGCACCUUUAAACUUUUAAACUGUGUGUGUGCGUGUGUGUGUUAUCUUACGACCGAUUUUCUAUUAAAUAAAUGACGAAAUUAGAUCAAAAUCUGUUAUAAGUCAAUACAAGUGUACGCUUAUUAAUGUUUCAAUAGGUGCAACUUUGAUACAAAUAAGCCAAGUGGCUCAAUAUGGAAAAACUGAAAUCAUCUAAAAAAAUAUGAAAAGAUAUCCUUUGAUUUACUGCUGCAUAUGUCCAAAAUUGUAACCAAAGUGUCCAGUGAUGUUAGGAAUAAGCAGAAUUUAUCUAAUGUUUUAUGUUUGACUACUAUGAACAAAACUCAGCACUGUUAGAAUGUCAUUGUCUUGAUGACGUGAACCUGAGCUUGAGAUGUGCUAUGUGUUGUGCAUUGUGUUGAAUGGCAUACUGCAUUUCUAGGAUCGAUGAGCAGGAUCCCGUCUGGCUGAGGGGUGGGGGUUCAUCAGCACUUGCUGCCGGUUGCUAUAACAAUCAAAGAAAAUGUGUAAUACUCUUGGACAUGCAUAGUGUUGUGAAAAUAACUGUUGUCAUGGAUAGAAUUAAAAUAUAUAAAUAUAUUUUUCUCCAGGCUCCCAGGAAUAUGCAAAGAGCUGGCUCUAUGGGCAUAUAAUUAUAAACCAGCGAUGGCUCUCGCCUAAUACAUAACACCCACUUGUAUUGGCUAGUGUUCAAGAGGAAUUAAGAGGCCCUGCCCUGAAUAUUUAGGUUACAGGCUAAUACCUUUUGAGAUGAAUGCUAACCUCUUUGAUUAUAAUGUUGUAUUGGUUAGCUGCCUCUGUAAUGGGUAAACAGGAAUACCAGGGCCGUUGUUGUUAGUAAAGCAACCUGAGUAUUGUUCACUGUUUAUUUGACAAGUGGCUUUUUACAUGUUCAGUCUCUGAAUGUAACCUUGAUUACAUUAUUUGGUGAUCUUUAACUUUUCACUGACGUUCAUGCAGACUUUAUUAUCCAGAUACAUUUGUACGAUUACGAUACAUGAUGUUUUUUUAAAACAAUAUAAAUGAUUGUGCCAAUUUUUGUAUGCCAAUGCAAUGUCUUGUACACUGUGGAAAUGUCAGUGUUUCUUCUGGUUGAGUCUUUAUGGGUUAAACUCUAGAAAAAAAAAGAACGAUUUGCUUAGUGCACUAAUGCUGAUUUCCAAAUAGUCUUGCAAAACCAUUACUGGACAAUUUCCUAGACCCCACUAGGUAAUAUACUUUAUAUUGAGCCAUAUAUAUUUGAUGUAGUUCUGUUAUAGGCCUACCUUAUAUAACCACAAGCCCGGGGCUAUGUGAUAUUAAACAGUUUCAAUGUUUGAACUAUGCCCCUAAGAAAAUGUAUUUCUGCUCAUCUCUGGCAAGAUUAGGGUUAUGAUUGCCUUAUUGAUCCAAUGCUUUUGCUUCGAGUCCCCCCAUGUUCAUUGACAAAUUAAUGUGAUAUGUAUCCUUUUUAAGUGCCACAAUUACUUUUUCUGUUCAUAAAGAGAACAUUUCAUAGCCUGGCAAUGUGUUUGAAUUCAUGUGAUUGACAAUAAAAUGUUAUUUCUGUAAGUAA